AUGGAUUUAGUCGCUGGUGUUCGCAAGGAAGGCAGUCGCGGGGGCCGCGAUUCCUUCAAAUGGUCUGAUGUCCAACAAUCGCAGCAUCGCGAGAACUAUCUCGGCCACUCGCUCAUGGCUCCUGUGGGCCGGUGGCAGAAUGGUCGUGAUCUACAAUGGUACGCGAAGGCUGAGGAUAAAGAUGCCGAGAAAGCAAGAACCGAACGCGAGGAAGAGCUUCGGCGCGUCAAGGAGGCUGAGGAAGAGGCAAUGGCCCGCGCGCUCGGUCUUCCUGUUCCGCCAAGGAGCACGAACGCAAAUUUGACACCUCUGGGUAGUAAGGAUGUACAGAGGGCAAUUCAAGAAACAACAGGUGGUGACGCAGAAGACGGAGGGAAGGGGAUCGGCUUUGGAUCCUACGGGGGUAGAGCGUCCGGUGCGCGUCUUGGACCGGAAGCUGACAAGUUAGAGGGCGUUGGACUUGAUGAGCGUCCUAGUCGAAGAGACAGGCGCGAUCGCAGCCGCAGUCCUGAGAGGCGGCGCGACAGAAGUCGUGACCGAAACCGAGAGAGGGAACGAAGACAUCACAGACAUCAUCAUCAGAUCGAGACUAUCGUCGGAAGUCAGAAUCCCGUGAACGGAGCAAAGAAGGAAGACGUGCUGAUGCUUAUGACAAGUAUCGCCGGUCAGGGAGGGAUCACUCCCCAGAUAAUCGUGGAUCUCAUAGACGGAGUGGCAGAGAUCGAAGUCACAGCCGUCGACAUUGAUACUACCCUUCCGUAUGGUUAA